AUGUUUUCUCCACUAAUUAAAUUAAACCACACUCAAACCAUAUAUGAUCGCAAUUACCUGCACAAACGCACAAAGAAAAGACACCGUCUUUUAUCAUACUUGAAGAUGGGUUUCGACAAGGAUACAAAAUACGAUAGACAAUUGCGGCUAUGGGCUUCUGCAGGACAGCAGAACUUGGAGAGUAGCUCAAUCUGUCUCGUUAAUGCUACAGCCACUGGUUGUGAAAUAUUGAAAAACUUGAUAUUGCCUGGUAUAGGCAAAUACACAAUCAUAGACGACUCAAAAGUAACCAACAAGGAACUUUCAUCAAACUUCUUCUUAAAGACAAGCGACAUGGGCAAAAAAGUCGCCGACUGUGUUAAGCGCAAUUUGGGUGAACUAAAUGCAGACGCUAAAGGUACCGCGAUAACCGACCCAGUAGAGAAAAUCUUAUCGUUUGACAAACUGGGCAACUUCUGGGACAGUUUCAACUGUGUCAUUGUGAGCGACUAUAUAUCAUGCCUCGAGGAGCUUAUUCAGAUUUUGUGGAGCAAGAAAAUUCCACUUUUGGUGGUCAACACUAUUGGCUUUUACGGCUCAUUAAACCUUUUGGCAAACGAGACAACCGUGAUUGAGACACACGAUCCUUCUAAAUUAUACGACUUGAGAAUUGAUAAACCAUGGCCAAAAUUGCGUGAAUAUGCCGACUCGUUUGACUUGGAUCUGCUCGAUGAUCAAGAACAUGCGCACGUCCCAUAUAUAGUAAUCUUUAUCAAGGCGCUUUACCAUUGGAAACUGCACCAUAACAAUAACCCCCCGCUGACAUAUGCAGAAAAGAAAUUAUUUAAAACGUAUGUCGAGUCCCUUUCGCGAAACAUAAAUUUGGAAACAAAUUUUAUUGAGGCGGUGCAAUCGUGUCACCGGGCUUUCCAAAAGACUGAAAUACCUGAAAGCAUCAAAAGUUUACUAGAAUUGAGCGAUGCGAAAAACUUGCAAAACUCAUCACCCACAUCCUUCUCUGCAACUACAUCUCCAUCAUCUGACUGCACAAUAUUUUGGGUAUAUAUUGCAGCAUUGAAGGAAUAUCUCAAAAACAAUGAUAAUAUUUUACCUCUACCUGGUAAGCUUCCAGAUAUGGCAUCCAAUACAGAAAAUUAUACAACACUAGCAAAGAUAUACCGAGAUAAGGCGCUUGAGGACCAGUCAACAUUUGCAAAUGAAGUUUACAAGAUCCUCGAAAAACAGAAAAAACCAAAAACAAUUGUUACCAAAGAGUCCAUUGCCACAUUUUGUAAAAAUACACAAUUGCUUUUCGUUACAAUUGGAUCCAAAAAUCUAAACUCGCCAAAACUUAUUGAGCAAUUCGAAACUGGCUCAUCGAGUGAAGUGUUGGGGAUAUAUUGGGGAAUCCUUACCUACAACGCUUACAUUAAGCAAUACAACGAGGCUCCAACGAUCAAGUACAUGGAUGACUUUAUUAGGAUAUACCAUGAUGAGAUCAAUCCAUCUGCACAGCAACCAUUGAGUGACACACUUCGAAAAAAAUUUGAAGAGAUCCUUACACAUAACUCGUCUAAUUAUCACAACUUGAGCAGUUUUAUGGGCGGAAUUGCAAGUCAGGAAAUUUUAAAACUCACAACGGCUCAGUAUAUUCCAUUGGACAACUUAUAUGUGUUUGAUGGAGUCACAUCAAGUAGUGAGCGAUUUAAAAUCCAAUAA